UUAGAUUCUCCAAUAUCUUUCUCAGGUUUAGUUGUUAGAUUCUCCAAUAUCUUCUGGGACAUAUGUAAGGCUGACUCUCUGAACAAGAGUGAAUUUUACCCAGAGGGACAGAGAAAUUAAGAAAUGACAGGCAAGGAAGAAAACAUGUUUUUAGAGACUUGAACACACAGGAAGAGUCAAUGAGGCUGUUAGAUGCAGGGCAGCUGUUGCAGAGGACAUGCCUCCUGCACCAACAGUGGUGAGAUUCCAUGGCAGGGCACAGAGGAGAGACCAGUGCUAGAAGAAUGGUGCAAAAAAAGGAGGGGAAUGACAACAGACAAGAUACCUGGAGCAAGUCCAUGGAUGAUGUUGGACAACUGGCCAUACAGACAGUGGUGUGGAUCUGCGGGCACAGCAUUGUCUUUUGGGCCCAUACGCACGCAUACAGGUUGCCCAAGAGUUUGCAGCUGGACUUUGGUGAUGAAGCGAUACUCAGUUGGCAUGCAAGGAGGGGCAUGUCAUGGAAUCAACUAAUACCACUGCCAUAUGCUGUGCGGGCCAGUCAGCGGUCACCAGAUAUAAUUGUGGUGCAUCUUGGGGAAAAUAAUUUGGGAAUGCUUAAGGGGGUGGAACUAAUGCUCAGAGCAAGGCAGCACUCGGGGCUGAUCCUUGAACUUUUUGCAGGAGUUAACAUUGUUUGGUCAGACAUGCUUCAGCACAGGGCCUGGCGGGAAGCCAUGAGCCCUCCCAGCAUGGACAAGGCAAGAAGGUAUGUGAACAGGGAGGUGGCCAAAUUCCUUGGGACCAUUGGAGGGGCAGUAAUUUCACAUCCCUGGCAUAGUAUAUGGGGCAGCAGAGUUGUUUUGGGAGGAUGGGGUUCACCUGUCCAACUGGCGUGCUGUCAUGUUUUUAACAGAUAUAAAAGAAGGCAUUAGAAGAUGGGUGUGGGUAGGCGGCAACCAAGUUAAUUGCUGUUGUCUCCUUGUGGUG